AUGGCGUGGUGCUUCUGGAAGGAGCGCCGACGCCAGAGGGUACUUCACGAAAUUCCGUUCUCGGUUCAGUUGAUACACUCGUUGCGUUACGAAUCAGAGGAAGCGGAAGCGACCAAAGUUCUGGAUAUCGACCAUCUUAUUGAGAUUCGCAAAUGCUUUCUGGAUCUAGAAGAAAAGACGAAGUCGCGAUGGAAGUGCUUAUGGGGAGAUCAGGCACUGUGCAAGCGAGAAAUACGGCAUCGUGACAACCUUGGUGUAGCAGCACCAGGAGGCUACGAGAAUGAUUCCAUGCUCUACGACAUCUUGAUGCAAUCGACCGUCGAAUGA